AUGCAUUUUAGAAAUAUACAGAGUAUUUCUGAAGGUUAUGAAGAAGAAAAUACAUCAGAUAGCGAAGAUCUAGAAUAUCCAGUAAAUCAGAUGAAAUAUGAUUUUGAUUCAUGGCAAAUAUAUAAUGAAAAAACCAAAGAAAUGGUCCAUUCAGCAAUGGAAAAAAAAGCAUUGGAAAUAGACCAUGCAUUCUCAUUAAUUGGUCAUUGGACACAAAAUUUACCACAUGAUUUUGAUUAUGAUAAUAUAUUCUUGAAAAAACAUUUACAAAAGAUGACAAUGGAACAUAAAGAAAUAGAUUUUAAAGAAAGUAUUUUAUUCGAACAUCGUAAUAAAGAAAUUAUGGAGAAUAUAGAGAAAGCAAUACUUAGGGAAGAUGAAAAAGAAAAGGAAAGAAUACGUAAGAGUAUUGAAGUAAAACAGUUACAGAAAAUUGCAUAUGAAAAUAAAAAGGCAGAGGAAAAAAAAGUUGUAAAAAUAGUUGAAGAAAUGAUAAAACAUGAAGAAAUGAAAGAUAACAAAGAAAGUAUUAUUAAUGAAGAAGUAAAAAAUGAUAAGAAAAAAAUAGAAAAUAACAAGGAAAAAAUAGAAAGUAACAAGGAUGAAAUGAAUACAGUAAAUAUUGCUGAUACAUUUCAAUCUCCAGUUUUAGAACAAAAAAAAAGGGAAUAUACAUAUAAUGCUAUAGAUCGUGUAUUAAUGUAUAGGAAAAAAAUAGAGGAUAUUAAAUUAAAUGUUCUUAAACCAGUAUCUGAAAAUGAAAUAUGGAGAAAGUUUUGUUUUCAAAACAAGCGUAAAAUUAUACCAAAAUGUGGACAACUCACAAAUUCCAAGCAGAAAAUAGCACGUAUUACAAAAGAUUUAGAAGAAAUUAUCAUAAUGUCUAAAGAAGUUGCAAUAACUGUAUAUCACUGGAUAUUAAAUUUUUUGUCAAAAGCAAUUAUAAAACAAGCAGAAACAGAAGUUACUGUUAAUUUAUAUUCAGCGUAUCCUUUGGCUACUGUAUGUGUUUUUUUAAUGUCUAGUCAUCCUGAUUUAAUUGAUAUUCUUUUGGCUCGUUUUGCAAAAAAAUGCCCUUAUACAAUACCAUAUCUCAAGACAGAAGAAGGUAGAAAAGCUUUAGGAUUUUAUCGCUCAAAAAAUGGAAAAUAUGAAGAAGAAGUAUCUUAUACAGAAAGACAAUGUGGGAUUUUUGCUGUUUUUGCAGCAAUUAUUCAAACUCAGCAUAUCCCUAAUUGUUUGCCUAUGCAUUUUGGAUGGACUCUUCUUGCUAAGCUUUUAAAUGAACCACCAUCAUCAGAGACUGUUUUUGCAAUAAUAAGUACAUUCAUGGAUAUUUCUGGAAAUGCUUUUGCGAGACAUUAUGGACUACAAGCAGAUAAAUUAAUUCGUCUUGCUGUAAAGGAUUGGGUUGGUGAUAACAAAGGAAGUAGUGCGACUAGACUAAAAAUUUUGGGAGAAGAGUGGAUUACUCAAAGGAAAAUAGGGCUAAAAAAUGGAGGAUAUUUUGAAGAAUAA